CGAAUGGCCAGCUCAUUCCGUUCCGGAAUCCGCCAACCCCUUUGCUAGAUACAGCGGCGACGCUAAAAUGUGCCAGUGCUGCUAAAGCCAUUGUGUGUGUGUGUGUAAGCAUCCUUCUCGUCGCCCACAACACCACACACACACACUCACGACGCAACACUCUACGCGUCACUCAUUGGCCCUCAAAUCCCUAAUUUCUCUUUGGGCGGGAUGCUUGGCGCUUGGCGCUGGCUGCUCGAGCUGCUGGAUUAGAUGGAGGCGGCGGCAGCUAGCAGCUCCACAGAUCAGGGGAUGCUUCGUCGGCGAGAAUGCUAGCGGAACGCUUCCAUAGGGGUAAGCUAGGGUUUUUCGCCGCGCGCCUGUGCGGGGAGCUAGGGCGGUAGCUCCGGAGGGCCCGAGAGCAGCAGUAGCAAGAUCUAUCGCUGGCGUCGUCGCUCUAGGCUGUGGAUUGUCGGCAAUGGAAACCUCGGAGGCCGUGCAUUUCGUUCGAGACGAUGCCGUCGCGCGUCAAAAACCCUGGAUAGGGUUUUUGUAGAUUCUGGAAGGAGAGAGCUAGCGUCUCAUCCCAUCUCGGUCAAUGCCUGAGGAGGAAAAACUAGCUCUUCUCACGAUACUUCUUCUGAUAAACGAAAACAUUUGGUGACAAGCGGUUUCUCCAUGUUUCAAAAUGGUAUGUCUGAAGAGGUUCAGAACUACUUUGUGCAGGAGGAUGCUUCACCUGCUAGGCCAUACCGUGGUGAUCAGGGAAUUUUUCGGAAUCAGUUUGUCGAUGCGAGGACGCAGAUGAUGGGCCACCAGCAUUUCUCAUAUGCUGGAGCUGCAUUACCUCACAAGAUCCCCAAUGGGGAUUUUUUCGAUCCCAGGUUGCAAAAUAGGGGACAGUUUCAUCAACAACAACAGCAGCAGCAGUUCUUUGAUCCUGUUCUCCAGCAGCAGCAGCAGCAGCAGCAGCAGCAGCAUCAACAGUUCUUUGAUCCUGUUUUACAGCAUCACCAACAGCAACAGCAGCAGCAUCAAGCUUUUUACGACCAGUCCUUCCAAGCUAUGCAGAUGGAAAAGCUGAGGCACCAGGAGCUUCUCUUAGGCCAGGGACAGGGGCAUGGUUUAGGAAUCCAGCAGCUAGCUAGAGCUCAUAUGGGAACGCCUCAGGUAGACAGUUAUCCUAUUAGGAACGCUUCCAUUCAGCCGGCACCACUCUACGGAUUCCCGAACGACAUGAAUCAGCAGCGCCUCGUUGGAAAGCAUAUGGAGGCGUUCAAUGGUGCCCAGUCGGAGAGUGAAGCUAUCGAUAUGAACGAUCUGUUUGGAGGAGUCGAGAAGCUUUUUGCUGACGAUUCGGUGCAAGAGAGCAAGUCUGCGAUUCCUGGUUUCGGUAGCUUGGGGGCAUCUCUUAUCAAUGGUUGCGAGGCUGAGCUGUUUGGAGAUGGUGGUACGCCUUUCUUCGGACGAUGCAUGCAGAAAGCUGAUAAUCAAGAAGCAUUCCGGCCGGCCUUUUCUCUUGGUAUGCAAGAUAGUAACCACAGGCCGUCAUCGGCGGAUGGUGGUACACAGUUUUUAGGACGAGGCAUGCAGAAAGCGGAGAGUCAAGAAGCAUUCCGGCAGAACUUUCCUACUGGUAUGCAAGAUAGUAACCACAGGCCGUCAUCGGGAGAUGGUGGCUCAUCUUUCUUUGGACGAGGCAUGCCGAAAGCUGACACCCAAGAAGCAUUCCGGCCGGCCUUUUCUCUUGGAAUGCAAGAUAGUAACCACAGGCCGUCGUCGGGAGGUGCUCAGGUUCGGUUCUCUCAGAAUUCUUCUGAAGGUGGGCCUUGGUUGAAAGAUACAACAGUUCCUACCGGAGAACUUGGCGGCAACAGGCCUGCUGCUCCUUUCAAGAAUCCCGUCUCGAAACCAGCCUUCGCCACACGACAGUUUUUUCCAAAGGCUGAGCUGCGUUCGCCAGCUUUGGCAGACAACAUUCGGCCUGCCAGUGCCCAAACGUCAGACAACUCAAACAUAUUUCAGAGCAAAGACAAGGACGAGGUGUUGGCGGCUAAAGUUUUUGAAAGCUCUGCACAGAGCAAACCAACGGGGGCUGGACUGAUAAGCUCACCUUUGCCGUUGCAAACUCCGUCGCAGCAAGAAAGGCAAGUGUUGCAGUCCAGUUCGAAAAGGCUUGGCAGCGACAUUCACCGGAUCUCCAGGGAUUAUUCCUGGCAGACAACCAGUAUGUUUGGACAUGCUCAACACAAGCCUGUAGAGUCUGAUUCGAUCUACGACGUGGUUCAGCUGCAGCAUCAAAACCGUGUUUCUCCUGCUGCCUCGCAAGCCCCACCAGUUCAGUCGACUAAACCCCCAGAGCCUCAACUAAAGCAGAUAACCGAGGAAGCGAAUCAGCAAGGUGGUGGGGCUGCGUUGCCAGCUUCGAACUUUACGACAUUGGGGCAUUCCAAGCCAGCUACACCUCAGCAGCUUCUUCAGGUGCCCAAAGACAUGCAGCCAGUGGAUAUGCAAAAGUCGCAAAACGUUUCAUCUUCAAGCAAACCAGACUUCAAAAGUACAGCUGACGAGCAAGCGGUGGCGAAUCAGCAUGGCGGGCAAAUGCUUAGCGUGAGCACGGCUGCUUCAAGCUUUACGACAAUGGCACACUCGAAACUCAUCGCACCUCAGCAGCUACAAGUUCCUAAAGACGUGCAUCAUGUAGAGUCGCAGCAAAGGUCGCAGAUGCAAGUUCCUAAAGACGUGCAACCGGUAGAGUCGCAGCAAAGGUCCCAGAACGCUGCAACUUCCGUUCAACCAGGCAAAUCAGAGCCGCAGCUAACGCAGGACUUGCAAUCUGCAGCAGACGAACAACCUUUACCUGAGUUGGCAAAUCAGCAAAGCGCGCAGUCGAGUUUUGGACAUGAAAAGCUGGUCGCAUCUCAACAGCUCCUUCAAGUUCCUAAUGACUUGCAACCUCCUCAGAAAGCUCCUCAGGUUUCUCUACACCAACAACGUGUAGAAGCGGCUUUGCAAGCGUAUGCUUUGGCCAAGGGUGGUCUCGUACCACAGGGAUCCGAGCAAGCUGGAACUUCUACUAUAGGACCCGGUAAAAGCAGCAGUGAUUCCAAUGCUCAAGGUAACGUUGGAGAAGCCAUGAAACAACAGCUGCUCUUGAACUCCACUUUUGCGAGUUCCGUUCUCCCCAAAAAGAGAAAGGUUGAAGUUCCACCUUUGAUUCCAUGGCGGACAGCUAUUUCUCAGUUGACGGGCGCCCUUCCUACGAUCAGACCUGCUGAGCUUCAAUGGGCAACUGAUACGAAUCGGCUUCCAGAAAAGGACAUUGACGAAGAGUAUUAUGCCCAAGAUGAAAGCUUUCACUUCGUGGCCCGUGCUAAACAAAGACUAAAACUAACAACUCAGCUGAUGCAGAAUAGCUUACCUCCUGUACCAGCCGCAUUGAUGCAAAGUAGUUCUGUUGAAGAUCGGGAAUGUGCAAUGUACGUCCUUGCACGUCUGUCCUUGGGAGAAGCUUGCAGGAUCACCGCGAAUGAGGAUGGACCUCAAGCGAAAACUAACACGAUAGCUGCAACCUCCGAGUUAAUAGCCGAGGGAUUCAAAGAUAGGAUCAAGUACCUGGAGAGAGUUCUACAAAGAUUGGACACACUGCCGUUGACGCAAGAGUUCGUGAAGAACAUGCAAUACCUGGACAAAGUUUGUGUCACCAACCGGCUCAUGAAAUGCCAUCAAGAGCUGUUUCCGGUGAACUUCACCUCCCAGAGACGCAUCCAGCAAGUACAAAGAUCCUGUCCCCAGCCAUACGUGACAGUGAUUCCAAUGCCGAGCGCAGUCUUUCCACUACCUGAAGAGUUCCAAUUGGUCUCUCUUUAGGAUGUAUUAUAAAAGGCAACGGAAACAAUGCGCCAGCCUUACACGAGACGGCGUGUUUUUUUUUCUUUUAGGCACACUGACUCGCUGACUCGCAGCCUUGAAUUUUCCACUAACCAAGGUUUUGCUCAAGCUCAGGUACUGGUCUGUAUCUCGGUUUGGAUUGAUUGUUGGAUGCGAGGCAGGCAGUCAACACGGAUAGCUUUCGCAUUGGUUCCGCUUUGCACAAGAGUAGUCAUUCAGCUCAAGGAAACUCUCGAGAGAUAUGUUUCGUGCUUCCAGCGAUGCCUGGAACUGCUAUAGAACUUGGGCGAUCGCCCUCAAAUGGACGAGAUCUGCCUGGGUGUGAGCUUCAUCCUGUCGGCGUGGCCCAGGCUGCUAAAGCUGUGAGUUCUCACUUCCUCGCCCGCUAGAUGCUGCGUGAUGAGCUCGGGUGCAAAGCUGCAGGCGUUUUCGAUCUCCAGAUACGGGAUGUGCUUGUCCUGCUCGCUGGUGUUGGAAUACGUCCCGCAGAUGGCUACGUCCUUUUUCCAUAGGCCUUCGUACUUGGAGCACUUGUCGCCAUAGUAGUAAAUGCCUUUGCCUUCCUUCAUGUCGUUCACGAAUGAGCCUUUGUACAGAUCGCCAUUCACUGCAAGAAGGAAAAACCCAAGUUUUCAGAA